AUGCCUGAUUCAAUACCCUCUCAUUCACCCAUGACCAGAGUCGAAACCCGAGAAACCCUUCGCGAUGAAGGGAUUUCAGGAACUCCCCCACCCGUGGACUACAACUAUGCCGACUUCGAACGUCAAGAUCAUCCCGAGUUCCCUGAAGAAUAUGUCGUCGAAACAAGGACCGGUGUAGUUCCCCAAACAGCCUUGCACCAAGCACGAUCCAGCACUUCAACAAAACCUACACCGAGUGACGGUCGAGACUUUGAUAUCGAGAAAGGACCCAAAGAGCCGGUCGACUAUGUGACAUUCACAAUCGACGAUCCGGAAAACCCACAUAAUUGGUCCCGCAAAUACCGCUGGUAUACUACCAUCGUGGCAGCAUCCGUCGUGGUCUGCGUGGCCUACGGCUCAGCUGUCGUCACCGGUGGCCUAGGUCUCAUCGAGGCCAAAUACCACGUCUCAUUAGAGGUUGCUAUCCUCACCUGCUCAAUCAUGGUCUGCGGAUUCGCCGUAGGACCUUUACUCUGGUCUCCACUCUCGGAGAUCAUCGGCCGUCGACCCGUCUACAUCAUCUCAUUUGCUCUCUACACCAUCUUCAACAUCCCAUGUGCCUUGUCCCCAAAUAUCGGUGGCUUACUAGCGUGUCGAUUCCUAUGUGGCGUCUUCGCCAGUUCCGGACUCUCCCUCGCCGGUGGAACCAUUGCUGAUAUCUGGAAUAUUGAGGAGCGCGGCAUGGCCAUCGCCUAUUUUGCCGCAGCCCCCUACUGCGGACCCGUCCUAGGCCCAAUCGUUGCUGGCUGGAUCAAUGUCGGCACUGGCCGUCUGGACCUCUUCUUCUGGACCAACAUGGGUUUUGCAGGUGUUCUCAUGAUCAUGAUUGGUCUAAUUCCUGAGACAUAUGCACCGGUCAUUCUCAAACGACGCGCGGUGAAACUUCGCAAGGAAACAGGGAACCAGAAUAUCAUCACUGAGCAAGACAAUGCCAAACUUACCCUGAAGGACGUCAUUCGGACAAACCUAGUCCGUCCAAUCGCCAUGAUCAUGACUGAGCCAGUCCUUGACCUGAUGUGCCUCUACGUUAUGCUGAUUUACUCCAUGCUGUACGCGUUCUUCUUCGCCUACCCCGUUAUCUUCGGCAAGUUGUACGGUUACAACGACGGUCAAAUCGGUUUGAUGUUUAUCCCGAUCUUGAUCGGAGCCGGUUUUGCCCUACUUGUUACCCCGAUUCUGGAAAAGGAUUUCAAGCGCAUCUGCGCAAUGCGCGCGCCAACGCCCGAGGAUCGAUUGAAGGCUGCGAUGUGUGGAGCGCCUUUCGUCCCGAUUGCAUUGUUCAUCCUCGGUGCUACUUCCUAUAAGCAUAUUAUCUGGGUUGGGCCUGCAUCUUCCGGUCUAUCUUUCGGCUUUGGAAUGGUCCUAUGUUAUUAUGGUGUGAAUGCCUAUAUCAUCGACUCUUAUCAAAAAUAUGCGGCGUCAGCUUUGGCUGCGAAGGUUUUUCUGCGAUCUGGUGGCGGUGCUGCCUUCCCGUUGUUUAUUACACAGAUGUAUAACCGUCUGGGAUUGCAGUGGGCUUCUUGGCUUCUGGCUUUCAUUGGCAUUGGAAUGGUGUUCAUUCCCUAUAUUUUCUAUUUCUUUGGUGCGCAACUCAGGGCAAGACUGAAUCACAAGUGA